GAGGACAACACUUGCCCUGCUUGCGACAAACCUCUCAAAUCAGCUUCAGGCCUCAUGGCCCAUCUGUCUACGGCUCGAUCUUGCCUGUGGUACAGAAAGGGCAAGAACCGGGAGCCAAGGUGUCACGCGCCAGAAGUGGUGGACGAGGAGGCUCCUCCCGCGGUGGACAUGGACGUGGAUGUGGAGGACUUCCGGGACGCUUCCACCUCAUCGUCUACGAGCCACGUCCCUGCCCAGCCUUUACAAAUGCCGCCCGGGCCAGCCUUGGAUGACGACGACAACACCAGAGUAGAGGAUGAAGACGAGCUUGCCGGCAGGGUGAUACGGAUGGAGACGAGUAUAGUGGAGACGUGGAGGGCGUAUUUCGGGGAAGAUGAAGAUGGUGAAAAUCCGGGCAAAGAUGACCGAAUGGAUGAGCUGGACCGGAACAAGAAGUGGAAGCCCUUCGCGUCGGAGCUCGACUGGCGUGUAGCUAUGUGGGUUGUUCGUGAGGAUGUUGGUCAGAAGUCCAUCAAUCGGUUUCUGAGCAUACCCGGUGUGGUCGACAAGCUGGGUCUUACAUUCAAAGACAUACGGGAGCUCUUCAUGAAGAUCGACGACAUCCCAGACAGGGCAGCCUGGAAGACUUCAUCUCUGGCAUUCCCUGACCGGCCUGAUGAGAAGCAUCUGGUCAGAUACAGAGACAUACUUGAAGCAAUCAAGGCGCUGCUUGGCAACCCUUCGUACGCGAAGUACAUCGUGUAUCGGCCCAAGCGCGUCUUCACGGAUCGGUCCCGGACCAAGCGUAUUUUCACCGAGAUGUGGACGGGACUGUGG